UUGGGAAUUCCCUCUCAUUUUUACAUAACUUGACAUAUUUCGCAGUUAAAUCAACAUGUCACCUUUUAUUUUUUAGACCCACGAGAAGGUAGAAGCAUGUUUAAUGUAUUUUGGUUGUUCGUAUCUUCAGUUUCCCCGCUGCACAGUGGGCUCAUUACUCUCGAGUCGAGAAACAAUCGGGGUGGCCAGGAGAGAUCGGCGCGUCAUUAUUUCUGUGGAGGCACAGAGGAAGGUUGCAUCCAACUGGUCUUCAGCAGCAUUUCUCAACUGCUUCUUUUUUUUUGUUGACAACUUGAAUCCAAGUAACUUCCCGACGCGUCCCCGCUGUAUGCCACAGAUCAAAGAUUGUGAUUUCAUUCUGUUUUAGAGCCCCUCUGCCGUCGGACAGGUGGGAUCCAUCUGGGGUUGCUGUGGAAGCGUCGAAAUAUCAGAAAUGCUCGGCUCAGAAGUCUUGAACGUAUUCUGCCCUCAGUCCUUGUGAAUCUUCAUCCAUUUCUUCUUUGAGCCGUUAAACCUUGGAGCCUGAACCUACCAUGCUGCAUUCAACACCCUGCACCAACUUGAGGGCCAGUUUCACCCUUUACUGGCCCUUUCACAUGUUCCUGCUGGAGGUGCUGAUAACAGGGGUCCUGCCGAGCAUCUCCAGAUUACCUCCUUCAGCCAAACACGAGAUCAUCAUGGAUGGGGACUUGGUGAUUGGUGGCUUGUUCCCUGUGCAUGAGAAAGGUGAAGGGAUGGAGGACUGUGGGAAAAUCAAUGAGGAGCGGGGAAUCCAGAGACUGGAAGCCAUGCUUUUGGCGCUCGAUGAGAUAAACUCCAGUGAUCGUAUCCUUCCUGGCCUCAAGUUGGGCGCUCAUAUCCUAGACACCUGCUCCAAAGACACCUAUGCUUUGGAGCAGUCACUGGAUUUUGUCAGGGCAUCGCUCACCAAGGUGCAAGACCCAGGGUUCAUUUGCCCUGAUGGCUCCAGACCCAUCCAAAAUGAGGUUCCAUUGGCUAUUUCUGGAGUUAUAGGAGGAUCAUACAGUGAUGUUUCAAUUCAGGUGGCCAACCUCUUGCGUCUGUUCCAAAUACCUCAGAUCAGCUAUGCCUCAACUAGUGCAAAGCUUAGUGACAAGACUCGCUAUGACUACUUUGCCCGCACGGUGCCUCCAGACUUCUACCAGGCCAAGGCCAUGGCCGAAAUCCUGCGUUACUUCAACUGGACCUAUGUGUCAACAGUAGCAUCCGAAGGCGACUAUGGCGAGACUGGUAUUGAUGCAUUCCAACAAGAGGCCCGCAAUCGGCAAAUCUGCAUCGCCACUUCAGCAAAGGUUAGCCGUUCAAUGAACCGUCAGGGCUACGAGAAUGUGAUUCGCUCCCUGCAGCAGAAGUCCAACGCCAGGGUGGUCAUCCUAUUCACCCGCAGUGAGGAUGCUCGUGAGUUGCUGGCAGCUGCUGCUCGAAUGAACACCUCAUUUAUCUGGGUGGCCAGCGACGGAUGGGGAGCACAGGAGAGUGUAGUGAGAGGCAGUGAGAGUGCAGCAGAUGGGGCCUUCACCAUUGAACUGGCCUCCUACCCAAUAAGAGAGUUUGAAGACUAUUUCACAAAGCUAAACCCAUACACCAACACGCGGAACCCAUGGUUUAAGGAGUUCUGGGAGCACCGAUUUGCCUGCAGCCUUCAGGACCACAGCUGCAGUGAACACAGCUUACGAGAUGGAACUUUUGAGCAAGAGUCAAAAAUCAUGUUUGUGGUGAAUGCUGUGUAUGCCAUGGCCUUCGCUCUGCAUAACAUGAGGCAAGCAGUAUGCUCCAACACAUCAAAGGUCUGUGAUGCAAUGAAACCAGGCAAUGGCAAAAGGUUCUAUAAAGAGUUCAUCCUCAAGACCAAGUUUGAAGCUCCGUUCAGACCAGUGGAUACAGAGAGCAUGGUACGCUUUGAUUCAGUAGGGGACAGCAUCAGUCGCUAUAACAUCUUUCACUACCACAAAGAAGAGGGCAAGUUUGUAUACAAGAAAGUUGGCUACUGGGACCAUAUAUUGACCCUGAACACCAGCGUGGUACCUUGGCAUGGCCUUGUGCCUCCCACCUCCCAGUGUAGCGAUCCAUGCAGGAAGAAUGAGGUGAAGAGCAUGCAGCCUGGAGAUGUGUGCUGCUGGAUCUGUAUUCCAUGCCAGCCCUACCAGUACCUGCAAGAUGAGUUCACCUGUGCUGACUGCAGCUUUGGUCAGUGGCCUUUGGCUAAUUUGACGGGGUGUUAUGAUCUUCCUGAAGAAUACAUACGCUGGGAGGAUGCCUGGGCUAUCGGGCCUGUUACUAUCUCCUGUCUUGGCAUAUUGUGCACUCUGACAGUUGUUGGUAUUUUCUUUAAGAACAAUGAAACACCUGUAGUCAAAGCAAGUGGACGUGAGCUGUCCUACAUCCUCUUGUUUGGAGUUCUAAUGUGCUACAGUAUAACCUUCAUCUACAUUGCUAAACCUUCCACUACUGUCUGCACCUUACGAAGGCUCGGCCUGGGGACCUCAUUUGCUGUAUGCUACUCAGCCCUGCUAACUAAGACCAACCGUAUUGCUCGGAUCUUCAGUGGAGUGAAAGACGGAGCUCAGCGGCCUCGCUUCAUUAGCCCGGCAUCCCAAGUGGUGAUAUGUGGUGCUCUAAUCUCCUGCCAGCUGCUGGUGGCAAUCAUCUGGCUACUCGUUGAGGUGCCUGGGGUUCGGAAGGAGAUCAGUGCAGAGAGGAGAAAUGUGGUUAUCCUGAAGUGUAACAGCAAAGACAGCAGCAUGCUUUUGUCCCUCACCUACAACUGCAUUCUCAUCAUCCUCUGCACAGUCUACGCCUUCAAGACAAGGAAGUGCCCUGAAAACUUCAAUGAGGCCAAGUUCAUUGGGUUUACAAUGUACACCACCUGCAUCAUCUGGCUGGCUUUUCAGCCCAUAUUCUAUGUCACCGCCAGUGACUACAGGGUGCAGACAACCACCAUGUGUAUCUCCGUGAGUCUGAGUGGUUCGGUGGUUCUUGGCUGCCUCUUUGCCCCAAAAACCCACAUCAUCCUGUUCCAGCCCCAGAAAAACGUGGCCACCCUUAGGGUCACAACCAAUCGCUUUAGUGCCACCGUGUCUACGUCUGCCUCAGCCCCCAGCUCCAGCUACUCAAAAGGAUCAGCCUCCAACUAUGUUCCAGCUGUUUGUAAUGGCCGUGAGGUGGUGGACUCUACAACUUCAUCUUUGUGAAAAGUCCCUCUUAAAGCACAAGAGACCAUCCUAAUCAUCCGUCGUCCUUCCAUCAAACAAGGGCCUGAAUAUGAGGAAGAGGCCUUCCCUUCCCUUGACAUCUCCCAUGUUGCAGAGAGAUAAGAGUCAGGGUAGAAUGACAGCAACGAGAGGAACUCUAACUGUGAAAAGCUAAAAGAUGUUUCCGUUUCGAGCAGUAUGUAACAACUGUAAAGCAUUUUCUUGUAUAGAUUUUAAAUGCUGUGAUCUCCUUUGGUUUACAGAUAGAUGUGAUUACCUGCACUGUGCCUUGUCUUUAAAGAGUCGUAUUGUGAAAUGGGUGGUUUGUGAAGCAAUAGUGUAAUACAAAAUGCUGUUCUUAUCUUGUCCUUACAGUGUUGUGAACAUAUCCAGAUGUUAUAGACAUUGUUAAAUAAAUGCUUUGAAGUGAAUUUAGCCCUUCUAUUUAAGCAAAUUGUGUGAUUUACCAUAGAGGAUAAUGAAAACUAGACACUAUAAAGGACAUGUGUUACUGUAGAAUAGCUUAAAAGUGUGUGCUUUCUUGUAAUUAAUGUAAAUAAUAUGUUGUUUUUUAAUUAAAAACGUAAUUUUAUUCAAACCCAAA